AGUGUAAGUUUAUUCGUUUUCAGUCGUACUUGUGUGUGAACGUUUUUUCCACUGCAUUCGGUCGGCAUAGUUUUGUUUCUCACGGUACUCUAUCGAGGGAAAAUACAUCGUGUGAACCGAAAACUGUUUGGCAGGAAGUGGCCUAUUAACGAAACAGAACUGUUUCUGUGUGAAAAUUUCGGAAAUUUUUUUAAACUGGAAGAAUUCAUGACACAUUUUGUAAAAUGGUUGUGGACAAAAUUAUUCCAUGGUACUAAAAUGGCGGUAGUUCAAUCCAAUCUCUUUCAAAAUAUAUCUUUUGCAUGUGUAGACCAACCUGACAACGGCUCCAAAACAAGAGAAUCAUUAGUAGAAGUGUCCUCACCACGUCAAGAAGACUACUCAGCGUAUGAGAACAGACUGGCAUCUUUCACUAACUGGCCCAACACCCAAGUGUCAAGAGAAUCAUUAGCUCGAGCUGGUUUUAUAUAUACAGGUCAAGAUGACAUUGUUAUCUGUCCUAUUUGUAAGAUAGAGGGAUACCGUUGGGUAUCAGGAGACAAUCCAAUGGAUGACCAUCGAGUUUGGAAUCCUAACUGUCAGUUUCAUAAUAGGAGAGAUAACAUUGAGCACGAUCACUCUGUAGGUUCUAGAGAUACUUGUGGACUUUUUGGCAUAGAAUUGUUACCAAAUUCAGUUCCUGAAGAUAAUACAAGUAAUUUACAAAAAUUAGGGAUCCAACCUGGAACGGGUCCACAAAAUCAAGACAAAAUUACAUAUGAAAGCCGGUUAGCAACAUUCCAGGGUUGGCCAAAGAGCAUUAAACAGAGGCCGUCUGAGUUAGCUGAGGCGGGAUUUUAUUACACAGGAGCUGGAGACCAAACUGUGUGCUUUUAUUGUGGUGGGGGAUUAAAAGACUGGGAUGAAGGAGAUGAUCCUUGGGAGCAACAUGCCCUUUGGUUUAGCAAGUGCGUGUUUCUUAAUUUGAAAAAGGGCAAAGAAUUCAUUGAUCAAGUAAAGAGGAAGGCUGAUCCACAAUUUUCAAUUCCUGGACCUAGCGGUACUCAAGCCAAAGAGGAACCGACUGCUACUGAAUCUUUAAGUGAUAAAAGUGAAACAGUGAAAACAAAAUCAGAUAGGGAAAGUUUCUCAACUGACACAACUUUGUGCAAAAUUUGCUUUAAAAACGAACUUGGUGUUGUUUUCUUGCCUUGUGGACAUAUUGUUGCUUGUGUAGAUUGUGCUGCUGCACUAAAAACAUGUGCUGUAUGCAGAAAACCUUUAGAGGCCACAGUCAGAGCGUUCCUAUCAUAAAUUUUUAUUCUGUUAAUAGUUUUUCACAUUUCAUGUUUCACACAUACUUAGAUCUAGUCAAGAUUGUUAGAGUUUUGGCAAAGAAAUUAAAUAAAAAUUCUUUUCAU